AAUAAUUGGACAAAGACUGUCCAGAAGUGAUGUUUGAUGGCUGAAAAAGAAUCAUCUUGAUGGCAUAUCAGGAUCCGAAUGUGCGCAGACGAGUAUAUUCAUUGUUUAUGUGCAACAAGUUCAACAGGAUAUUCAAAAUGAACGACAGAAUUGUACAAUUUUGCAAGGAAUUACCAAAAAUCGAAUUGCAUGCUCAUCUGAAUGGAUCGCUGAGCAAGGAAACCCUGAUGACGCUGGGAUGUCUGGAGAAGUCCGUAUCGGAAUACCAGAGGCUUUCGAAUCUAUACGAUAAAUCCAGACGGUCCUUAGAGGAGUGCUUUGAAUUAUUUGGAGUGGCCCAUGGAGCAACUAAAAAUAAGGCCGCAGUGUAUACAGCAACGACAUGUGUUAUCGAUGAGUUUUAUAGAGAUAAUUGUAUAUAUUUAGAACUCCGUACCACGCCGCGAGAUGAAAGAGAUAUGUCUAAACAGGAAUACGUCGAGACUGUUGUUGCUGCUAUUCUGGAUAACAAAAACGAUAUGAUUGUGAAACUGUUACUGUCGAUUGAUCGCAGACACGACUUGGAUGCCAGUAAUGAAGUCCUUGAAUUGAUCUUGCGAAUGCAUGCCAAAUACCCGGAGAUCAUAAAAGGUGUCGAUCUUUGCGGCAAUCCCAACGAGGGAACAUUUCCUUUACAGAUUUUCCAGAAAGCCAGACGAGGAGGGCUUAAGAUCACCCUCCAUUGCGGCGAGGUGGACAACGAGCAAGAAAUUCUGGAAAUGUUGAAAUUUUCUCCUGAUCGCAUCGGUCACGGGACCUUCAUUCGCGGCAACAGCUUCAGCAUGUACAAGGAGCACAGAAUUCCGUUGGAGAUUUGCUUGACUUCCAACAUCGUGUGCGGAACUGUCGUUUCCUACGAACAGCAUCACGUCAGAGAGUGGUUGAAAGAAAAGUUUCCGUUUUCUAUUUCGACCGACGAUAAAGGCGUAUUUUGCUCCAAUCUCUCCAACGAAUAUUACUUGGCGUCAAAGCACUUCGGCUUGAACGAAGAUGAUUUAUAUGCGAUCACCAGAAAUGCCGUGGACCACAGCUUCGGAAGCGAAGUGGAAAAGGAGAUUCUGGGCAGAAACAUCGAUAGCUGGUGGAGGAAACAUACUUCACCUUAAACGACACUUUAUUAUUUUCUUUAAUAUAUAUUUACACUUGUUCUUUCAGCUUAAAAUUAUCACAAAUACAAUUUCAUUGCAAAUUGAGAUAAUAACAGUAUAGUCAAAUUACCCGUUUUAUGUUUUAAUCCUAUUAGAUGUGAAUUCCAACAAAAGUACAUCAACACUACAAACUGAUUUACUGACAUGGUCUGUAUAAACCAUUGCCAUAUGGACAAUAUCUGUUUUUAAAGGAAAAAUCUUGUUAAUAAGAUUUUCUUAUUAUAUUUCAUUUUCUUUCUACAUUACACAACAAAUCUUUGGAAGAAUUAAAGCGCUACAUUACAAAAUUCACAUAAAUUAUAUUA